UUGCCUUUUUCUGCAGGUGCGCCCAUCGCUCUUGUCUCGGCUGGUGAUGCUCAUGUGCUCUCGGCCCAGAGCUGCAACAACACCAAGACUCUGCCAGGCAUGCCAAACACCUGCCCGCCACCCUCUCGCCCGCUCUCGCAUCGCGGCCUGCUCGCCGCCGUCUGCCACCUCCAGCUGUAGCCUCAUUCAAUCAACCUCGCGCAACAGACCAGCCUUGCUUCUCCUGCCGCCGACCUCUGCCAGCCCGCGCUGCCGCAGAGCAAGCCGGUCACCAUGGUCAAGGCAGACUACAACCGCGACUACUACGCGGACCUGGAUCUGCCCCAGACCGCCGACGUCAACGAUGUCAAGAAACAAUUUAGGAAGCUCGCCCUCAAGUACCAUCCCGAUCGCAACCCCGGCCGCGAGUCUGAGGUCAAUUCCAAGUUUCAGACCAUCCAGACGGCCCACGAGAUUCUCGCCAGCCCCGAGUCCAAGGCCAAGUACGAUGCGAACCGUGCUCGGUCUGGUCGCUUCCCGACCUCGUCUGGCGUGCGGGGCAACCCGUGGCAGGAUAUCGGCAAGGACUUCCCUCCGCCGCCCCAGCGCAACACCGCCAACAACCACCGGUCCAACACAUCGAGCCGCUCCAGCGCCUCGGCCGCACGAUAUGCCAAAUUUCCCAUGAACACCCCGCCGCCACCGCCUCCCAGACCCCAAGACAACGACGACGCCAAGUCGAGGGCUGAGGCCUUCGAGUCGAUGCGGUUUCACGGGCGGAAGCCUGCGCCCACCGCGCCACAGCCGAACUCGUCCGCCGGCGCCUCCCGGCCAAGGCCACCGCCCCCGCCCCCGGACCCACGAACCGCCUACACGGCGUCGCAGCAGAAGAAGGCCGAGGCCUCGUUCGGCACCAGGACCCCCCGCGCGUCGCGGUCCGGCUUCGUGCCCGGCUCUCCCAUGGGCGACGAGGCGCCCGUGUCGAGCAAGCACUACGCCACCAAGCGCCACACCAGUCUCUUCGAGGACACGGCGUCGGCGUACCAGAAGCCGCAGGCGUCUGCACCUUCGUCUGACCAAGACGACGGCGGGCCCCGUCCAUUCCUGGACCCUAGGAGCAGUCCCUACGGCGGCGUUCGUGGCGAGAAGUUCGACCCGUUCAGCGGGGCGAAGCUCGGACGGGCCGGGAGCACCCGCGAGAUCCCUCGCAAGCCCGUCGGCGGCGACGCGGAUGCGUUUGGGGGAACGUCACACCGGCAGCGCAGCUUCAGCGUCUCGGGCGAUGCCGACAGCCCGUCCAAGGGUGCCGAGGGCCGGCGGGGGAGCGAAGCUAACCCGGGUAAGGCCUAUCACGCCAAUACCUCUGCUCGGAUGCCGUCGAGCCCGACCCCCUCCCGGUUCGGGGAGCGAUACACCCCGAAGCCACCUUUUCAAGGUGGCGAUGACGCGAGCUCGUCAGGAACCAGUGCUGCGGCCAACCUCGGCAGCGACAAAGCAAACAAUGCCACCGGCAGGACGAAUGGUGGACAGCCCAACGUCUACCCGACGCCGGGCCACCGAAGCGCCGAGUCCCUCACUCCGAACGCGAACGAGAGCCGGUUUAUGCGGAACAGUGCAGAUAACAUCAACACUAGGUUUGUUGCUGAGGAGCACACGAAUGCUAACUGGCAGUUCAACGCCGGAAACGAGAUGGGCGACGAGAACGGCCCUCGGCGGUCACAGUCACAGUCUGCAAACCGCGGUAGACGAUCACCUCCCAAGAACAGGCCGCAGUCGCGAUCCACUGGCAUGGCCACUGCGGCUGCGGCUGCGGCUGCGGCAGCUGCUGGCAUGGCUGCAGAAGCCUUCAUGAACUCGGACACCGACCCCGCCAGCGGCGGAUCGACCGACGCUCAGCAACAGCAGCAGAAGGACCAACAUAGGUUUGAUGCCGACCAGUGGAGGGAGAAGAUCGGCUCGGAGCACUUUGUGCCAGUGGCCCCGCCUCGAAGCGCGACAUCACCGACACGGGGUAACCGCAUGCCCAUGGGCAAGAGGAGGGCCAAGGUCCACAUGACCAAGGGAGGAUCUGCUAGCCUGAUGGACGACGACGAAACCACCAGCGGCGAGGAGAAGGCAACAGGGGCGCCUCUCAACGGCGGCGGGACGGACAGCGACAAUGCUAUGGACAUUGACACGCCCAUGGGAGAUGCUUCGCCGAUGCCCCAGGUCAACGGCGUCCGUGGCGUGCCGCUUGAGCCGUCGCGCCCCGAGUGGAGGGCGGGAGACGCGAACGGGUUCGCGGGAGCCUCGCCCGGAUCGGGUGCCAGCCCGACCCCAGGCAUCGGACUUGGUCUCAACAUUGGCGGUCCAUCCGGUGUGCCGCCGCUGCCACCCAAGAUCCCCGUCAACGAGCAGACCCGGUUCAACACUAGCAAUGCUGCCGGGUCCGAGGACACGGAUGAUCUGGGCGCCAACUUUGCCGACCUCAAGAACGUCGAGCCGCUUGCGCAGCGGCCGUCAGGCCUGGGCUCGUUUGAAGAUCUCAAGACAACGCUGCCGUUCGAGAGCCAGGCGGCAGCGACCCCGCCCUUGGACAGACCCCACGUGAGGCCGCCGAGCAAGAUCAGCUUCCCUAGGCCGCCCAUGCACCCGCGGCCACCGACAGCAUUUGGUAUCCCUUCCAUGACGCCGAACAGGGCGGCCUGGGACAAGUACGUCGCCGAGUUCGAGGUCUACCUGCGCGAGUGGGACGUGGUCGACGCCCAGUUCCUGGACCACAUGAUAGUGCGGCAGGGCAACCUAAAGAAGCUGAAGCAGUAUGGCUGGUCCCCGGUGGCCAGCGACGAGGGCAUGGAGAAAUACUACACAUGGCUCGAGGAAGACAAGCAAGUGCACGAGAAGUGGACGGCUUACAGCAAUGAACACCACCGUCGCGUCCGCGAGUUCAUGGCGCACAAGGACAAGAUGAAGGCGUCGUCUUGAUCCUGUCGAGCGGGCCUCUCUAGAGGACCUGGCUGAGCAUCAGCACUCUCCCGCGCACCGUCUGCCCUACACUCUACUCUAAUUUCUCUUGACCGGAUGCGGCCAAGCUCACGUCUGUACAGCGAGAUACCCCCCAGGCUACGAUCAGUACCCCACAAUAUGUUUUUGAAUUUCAUGUCUGGAUACCAGGCUCCUCGCCUAUCUCUAUCUAUCAUUUGCCUGUCUCCCAGAAGCGCGAACAGGCUCCUCGGUUUUGAAGAAGUCGCAGUCGCCCAAACACCGUCAGUAAUAGCUGGCCAGCACGAACAGACAGACGGCACGGCUUUUUUUUUCAUAGCUACUCUGUGCCUCUCCUCGUCUUGUCGCGAUGCUUUGAUUUAAUUUUCACCUGCAUCUCUGGCCCUCACAGACUCAUCUCGUUGUCGAAUUGGGGGCUCAAUUCUGGUGGCGAGAUGGGACUUGGCAACAUGAAACGCGACGGCACAUUACUUUGUGGGAGAGUCAUUCUCUAUUCUCUGUUCUCUUUUAGCUUUCUCCACGACUAUUGCUCACUUCUUCUCUCCAUCUCAUCUUACUCGGGGGUGUUUCCUGAAGGGCCAGCCACUGCUACUCGAGAUGAGCUUUUUUUUUUUUUCUAUUCUUUUUUACAACUGUUUAGAAUAUCCAUGCGAUGCUUUUAUUUACCCUCCUUAUUCCCAUACUUCUUUAGAUCACGACAGGCGGCAGGGCCACACUUUUGCGGAGGGGUGGAACAUCAACAGGCGGGCGCGGGCAUCGGCGAGGCGUUUUUUUUACCGGAACGGGAAAGGGUUUCAACUCUAUGGUAAACCAUUAUCCAUCUACCUCUAUGGUAGACCAUUAUCCAUCUACUUUUGCAUCACUGGCUGGCUGCUGCCACCCAUAAAGUCGAGCCUGCUUGCCCAAACGAGCCGUCUACGGGCGGCAGUAGCUUGAUGUUGAGAAUUGCAAUCCAGACCUGCCAUGACCGC